AUGUUUUCUCAAAGACCAUUUUUACCUACUGGGGCUGCAAUACCUGUACCUUCUUCCAACAGUGGUAGUAAUAAUAACAGUACUAUCAAUUUGAGUGGCAGCAAUAGUGGUAAUACUAGUAAUAGUAAUAAUAAUAAUAACUCUCAUAAUAGUGGAAGUGGCAAUCAUACUAAUUAUUUCACUUCACAUCAACAUUCUGUUAACUCAAAUUCUAAUACGAAUACAAAUACGGUUACAAAUUCAAAUUCCAGUUCAACGACUACUACAAAUACAACAACUACAAGCACGACUACAAGGAGAAGAGGUUCAAGUUUAAACAUGCUGUUAAAUACUUUUGGAAUAAGACAAACCUCUCACGGUAAUAAUAAUUCAAAUUCUGAUUUAACUCGUACAUCGGCAAAUUCUAAUGAUAAUAGUUCGAAUACCAAUAAUAGUAAUAGUAAUAGUAAUAAUAAUAAUAAUAAUAAUAAUAAUAAUAACACUAGUAGAAAUGAAAAUGACUCUUCACGAUCAAAUUUGUUGAAUAGUGCUUCCUUAUCUGCAGCUACUACUGGAAAUAACGAUUUUUACCAACUACCAAUUUCUUUAUCAUUAACUGGCCCAAAUGAAAAUAUUAACAUUUCAUAUACUGAAAAUUCAAAUAAUGAUAACUCAAAUAAUGCUAAUGCAAAUAUCUUGGGUGUAUUUUCCACUUCCCCAUUGGGUAUCUCAAAUUCUGGCAUCAAUAAUUCGACCUCCAGCAAUAUUAAUAACAAUAAUAAUAGUAAUUCUGCAAACUUUUCAACAAGUAAUUUAAAUCAUCACGACUCUUCUAUUAAUGAUAUUAAUUUGGAUAGUAGCAAUGCUCUAAGAAACUUACGUCAUUAUAUAUAUGCGGCUGAUCAACAAAAUCCUGAUGCUUUAUUAGAUUUAGAUUUACCUAGAACUGGUCGUUCUCCAGAAGAAGUUGAUGCAGAAUCAAUAAAACAAAGAAAGGAUAAAAACGGUUUGUUCAGCAUCAGAUUAACACCUUUUAUCGACAAUUCUACUUCAUCAAAUCCAGGUCUAUUUUUUGAUCCUGUUAUUAGAACCGCUGGUCCAGGUUCUCAGCUUGUUAUUGGUCGUUAUACAGAACGUGUCAGGGAAGCUAUCUCGAAAAUUCCUGAACAAUAUCAUCCUGUGGUUUUUAAAUCUAAAGUCGUCUCAAGAACUCAUGGUUGCUUUAAAGUAGAUUCGCAAGGAAAUUGGUACAUUAAAGAUGUAAAAUCAUCAAGUGGUACAUUCUUAAAUCACCAAAGAUUAGCACCAGCAGCAACAUUAUCAAAGGAUACCUUAUUACAAGAUGGUGAUAUUUUACAAUUAGGCAUGGACUUCCGUGGAGGCACUGAAGAAAUUUAUCGUUGUGUUAAAAUGAGAGUCGAAUUAAAUAAAUCUUGGAAAAGAAGGGCAAAUGCGUUCAAUAAGGAAGCCUUACAGAGAAUUAGAAAUUUACAAAAGUUAACUGUAGGUUUAGAGGAAGAAGAUUGUUCAAUCUGUCUAUCAGCAAUCAAACCUUGCCAAGCUAUAUUUAUUUCACCAUGUUCUCACAGCUGGCAUUUUCAUUGUAUAAGAAGGUUGGUUAUGAUGUCGUACCCACAAUUUGUAUGUCCAAACUGUAGAUCUAGUUGUGACUUGGAAGCUUCGUUAGAGAGUAGCAGUGAAUCCGAAAGUGAUGACGAUGACGGCGAUGAAGAUGAUGAUAUUGAUAUGGAUGAUGAAGAUGCAGAAGGUACAGAAUGA